AAAAUCCGCAGUUUAUAGUGACACUGUUGUAUGAAGUCCGUGUGUAGCCUCGCUGUUGAGUUACUAAAGUCCAGAGGAGCUCACAGUUCAGCCGCGGCUCGUCGACACGGAGCAGAAAUGUGUAAAGAGCUCAAAACCAAAGUGCUGCGUUUGGUGCAGCCGGCCUCCAAUGGACCGUCUCUGCGGGAAGAGGACCACACAGAUGCUGCUGAAAUCCUGAGUUGCACCGUGAAGGCUCUGAAGGAGGGCCAUGUUGUUGCCGUGCCCACAGACACCAUCUACGGUCUGGCAUGUCUGGCCCAGAACUCUGACGCCAUCAGAAAGACGUACAACAUCAAAGGGCGAAAUGGGCAGAAACCGCUGGCCAUCUGUGUGGGAGAAAUUCAGGAUAUCUAUAAGUAUUGUAAGGUGAUGGUGAAGAAGGAGCUGCUGUGUGACCUGCUGCCUGGUCCCGUCACACUGGUGUUUGAAAGGUCCGAAGUACUGAACGUAGAUUUCAACCCCUUUACUUCACUUGUAGGCGUCCGUAUCCCAGAUCAUGCCUUCAUGAGGCGUCUCUGCCAGAUGUGCGGGGAACCUCUUGCACUUACCAGCGCUAACAUCAGCUCGCACGGUAGCACUGUGGCUGUAAAUGAGUUUAAAGAUCUUUGGCCCAAAGUAUCAGUGGUAGUGGACGGUGGGCCUAUCGGAGACCAGAGCCGCCUUGGGUCAACAGUGGUCGACCUAUCAGUACACAACAAAUAUCGCAUCAUCAGACCUGGCUGUGCCCUUUCGUCUACGGUUGAUGUGCUGCAACACAAAUAUGGACUGUCAGAGGACUCGGGGAAAGAAUGACCUUCGAACUUGCCACACUCCGUAACACACGCUGAGACGCACAACCAGCUUUGACCCGGGGCUCCUUCGGGGGGGAAAGAAAUUAACUCUUUUCAUGUUCCAGUGGAAAAAUUAGUUUUCCAUGAAAUGCUGAAAAUUCAAGAUGGUUUUAUCUUGAACUCAGGAAUGACUUGACUCUUACCACUCAUGGCUGCGGUGAGGUCUUGAACCCUUCUUAUUUUUAUUUUUUUCCUGUUAUUUUCUGCCUUACUGUAAUUGUUAUCAUGGGUUUUUUUUGUGGGAUUUCUUACGAGGCCACAUCUUAUUUUUAUUUCAGUAACAUGGAACAAGGUCAGCAGGAUUUUUUUCUUUUUUUUUUCACAUAAAAAUAUAACUAUAUACUUUUCUCGUUGUCAUA